UGAAUUUGUAAUCCAUUUUCUAAAUUUUGUUAAAUUUACGAUUUAUUAUUAUUCUAAUAAAAAAAACCGUCUUUACUUAAAAUGUAGUGACUAAAAGAACAACAAAUGUCGUCAAUGAAACUAACAAAUUCCGUGAACGUACGUUGAGCAAUGCAGACGUUCCAAAAAAUUAUGAAUCGCCUCUGGACAUGGGCAUUUUGCCAAAAAGGAAAAAGGAAAAAGGGGUGAAUAAGAUGAAGAGAAUCGAUAACCGAGAUUUACUCUCAGACUUCAGCCCGGAACGUAGGAAAAGCUCGGUGAGGAGCAUUCUCUCCUCCCUCAGAUCUUCGACCCAAAACUUCGUCUCCAUCACUCUUGCCAGCAAGCAAAUAUCAACUGUCGAAGCAGUAAACCACAUGUUUUGUGGUCUGGGUGGAAUAAAUUUGACAUACCUUCCACAAAUGUACCUGCAAAUUGGUAUUGUGCCCUGCCUAGGCAUUAGCUUCUUUUACUGCUUACUUCAUCCCAUUGUAGUAUUGAAUAUAAUAAAAAAGAAAACUGUUUUGUCAAAUGAGGCUGAAAAAAACUUAAAUACAAUUGGUGCAAUUGAAUAUUUAAUUGAAGGAAGUUAUUUGUGGCUACAAUAUUGGAUGUCAUGUAUUAGGAGGUUAAUAACGAUAUUUACAGUUAGCUAUCAUUUGGCCAUCUGUAUCUAUUUGGUUAAUUAUUUGACCCAACUUUUGGUGUUGGUAAUGGGCUACAAAAAUUUCAUAGCUGCUUCAGAAUUGACACUGAUAAUGUUUUUAGUGCCGCUGACCAUCAUAACGAACAUAAAAAAUUUGCAUGGCAUAACAAUAACAUCAGCCAUUGCGAACGUUUCAAUGUUAGUAGCGGUGAUCAUAUUUUUCUUCAAGUGUGUCACUAUUAAACCAGAUUGGCAGAAGAUUGAUUACUUUAAAAAUAUGAAAGAUAUUCCUAUUUUCAUUUACCUUACUGUCACUCACGUAUGGCCUACUUGUCUGUUCUUGGUUAUAGAAGAACGGAUGUACAUGCCUGAACAUUUUGGCGGCCUGCGUGGAGUAUUCUGCACUAGCUAUUUUUUAACAAUAAUCUCUGACACUGUCGUGAGCAUUGCAGCUGCAUUUAUGUUCAGCACUUUCCAGGAUGAGGUUAAUCCUGGAGCAACCUUGCCAGAUUAUAUGCUGACUUGUGCAAUCAUAUCAUCAUGCCUGUUCAAGUACCCUCUUCAUUUCUAUGUAUGUGUAGUAAGCCUGUGGCAAAAUCAUCUUCAUGCAAGAGUGCCAGCAAAUUUACGAGCGGGAUGGCCGAACCUCAUACUGAGAGUUUUCUUGAAUUCAACAGUUGUUGCUUUUGUGCUGUUUUUGCCGUUUACAAACAAAAUUUUCCAAAUAAUUCAGAUUAUAAGCUGUUGCUGCCUUGGCCUCAUAUUGCCCGCUAUGCUGAAUAUAGUCCACAACUUAAUACGUGAUAAGCGCAGCUUAAUUUUUUCACUGACACUAAAUCUGAUUUUGAUAGUGACAGGUGUUGUGACGAUGAUCAUCAGCAUUAUGGGAGAGCUCAGUAAUAAUAAGCAAACGUUUGUGGCAAACUGGACAACAACUAGUGAAAUAAUGAAGACACCAUUGUGAUGUUUUUAACUCUUCAUAACAGAUUGUUUAUUUCGCUGGAACUCGUUCAUGUAAAACGAAGUCAAUUCAUCUAAAGUGAAAUCGUAAGAUGUAUCAUUAUAUACAUCAAUUACCUCCACAAGGGGUGGAUUUUGCAAUGACUUGGAUCCAAUCACUAUGAUAAAAGGAUAACCCGUCAUUUUAGCGUGUACAAUUCUUUUUCCUAUUGUCAUCCUUUGUCUAUCGUCUAUUAAAAUAUCAUCUUUCAAAUGAUCCUGUGAAUU